AAAUCGGACAAUGCUAUAAUGAUUAAUUGUUUUAUUUUCUUAACCCUGGUUAUGUCCAAAACUUAAAAAGGAUCAAAUAAUAUCCUAGAAAUUUGCUUAAAACAAAAUUUCUUUAAUUUUGAUAAUGAAACCUAUAUACAAGAGGAUGGCCUAGCCAUGGGAUCUCCAUUAUCCCCCCUCUUAGCUGAUACAUUUAUGAAUCACUUCGAAAGUAAUAAUAUUUUGAAUAACAACCCCUACCUAUCUAAUAUACUGUAUUAUUAUAGAUAUGUAGAUGACUGCAUUUUAUUAUGGAAUGGCAAUAAACAAAAUCUUAGUGAUUUUCUAUCAUUCAUUAAUAACAUUCAUCCAAAAAUAAAAUUUACAUUAGAAGUGGAAAUCAAUAAAACCAUAACCUUUUUAGACUUACUUAUUAAAAACGUAAAUAAUAAACAUGAUUUUGAGAUAUAUAGAAAACCUAGCCACACUGGAACAAUCAUACACAAUGAGUCAUUCCAUCCUUUUUCACAUAAAGCAGCAGCUUUAAAUAGUUAUGUAAAUAGAGCACUACAGAUUCCUCAAACAACUGAAAGCAGGGAUAGAGAGUUGAAUAUUAUCAAACAAAUUGCCCAAACUCAUAAUUUUUCUCCCAAUUUAGUAGACAAAAUAAAAAAUAAAUUUCUAUUACGUAAUGCGUUCCAAAAUGUCUACAUACCACAUCAAACAAUAUUAAGUAAUCAGCCAGUAAAUAAGUUCAUUUCACUUACAUACAAUGGAGCAGUUUCUUAUAAAAUCCAACGAGUUCUAACUUCUUUAAAUGUUAAGGUUGCCUUUAAAUCGAGCAAUUCAUUAGGUAACUUAUUGAUUAAUAAUAAAGACAAAACGGAUCCGUUAUCUUGUAAAGGAAUUUAUAAGCUUUAUUGUGAGUGUGGUUAUUUUUAUGUAGGUAGAACGAAGCGUAGUUUUAAAGCUCGGUUUAGCGAACAUGACCGAUGCAUUAGACAAAACAAUCCUGAGUCUUUAUUUGCUAAGCAUAUUAUGGAGACCGGUCACCCAUCGAAUCUACUAGAUAAUUACAAGAUCUUACAUAGAGUUCAGGACAACAUAAAUCUAAAUAAUCUUGAAUUACUCGAGAUUAAAAGAUCUCUCAAAAAAGAAUAUGAUAAAUCUCUUAAUAUUCAGAUUAACAUUCCUGAAACUAAUUUAAUUAAUAUUUUAUUUGAAUAACUCUUCCCUCCCUUUCCGGUUAAUUUAUUUUAAUAUAAACCCCGUUGUUUUCUUAAUAUAAACUGGUAGAGACAUCUGUUUAACAGUUUUAAAAUAUUUUAAAGUUACUGUGGGUACCGCUAUCUAGUACCCAUUCGGUUAUAGGAUAUAAAAUAUAGAUUUCUUUGUAACGUUCUUUCUUAAUUAUGAAAACUAGAUAUAGAUGACUCUGUUGGUCAGAUUAGUUUGAAUGGCGGUUAUCAUAGUUUUUAGAUCGUUUUGUCUAUUGUGUUGUAACGGUGCUUUUUAGAUGUUAUUGUUUUAAACCUAAGUGUAUUAUUUGUUAUCUUACGAUAAGAUUUACUUGCUUAAUUUUAGCUGUACCGUUCUAUAUGUGCUUUUGUUUUGUUUUGACAAAUCUCGUUUUUAACAAUUCCUCGACCUGAUGAUGCGAUGAUAUUGUAAUCGCGAAACCGGUCGUCAUAAUAAAAGGAAUUUCUGGUGAAAUAAGACCUUUAAUUUCUACUGUGUUUGCUAGCAAAUACCUAUAAAAAUACAUCCCAGAACAUGGACACCAU